CAACCGAGACCCCUCCCAGCACGCAGUCACACACCAUUCCCUAUCCCCACCGAUAUCUCCAUCCAAGGCCCCCCGAUUCGACGGACCAUGGCGGCGAGACCCCUGCUUCUGCUCGCCCUCCUCCUCGCCACCACGGCCCUCGCGGUCGCAGCCACCGGCCGCGGCGGCGCGGAGGCCGUCGGGAUGCCAGGCGGGUGGUUCCCCAUCCCGGACGUGGAGGACGCGCGCAUCCAGGAGCUCGGCGGGUGGGCAGUGGCGCGGCACGCGGGCCUGGUGGCGGGCGACCGCGGGCUGAGGUUCGGCCGGGUGACGCGCGGCGAGCAGCAGGUCGUCUCCGGGAUGAACUACCGCCUCCUCGUCGACGUGGCGGACGGCUCCGGCAGGGCCGCGCCCUACAUCGUUGUGGUGUACGAGCAGUCCUGGACCAACACCCGCCGGCUCACCUCCUUCAGCCCGGCGGCCUGCGGCUAGCUACCUCCCUCUUUGUAAUAGUAGUCCUGAACUGCUGCUGAUAAUAAAUUAGCGCUUUUACUUGCCUGAUCGUGUGCAGUUCGUCAUGCAUGGCUGUCAAGUACUCCAGAAUUGUGAGCGAUCUAAGAUCCAUUGUGUAAUGGAGGAGCUACUAUGUGCCAAGUUUCACACAA